AUGGCACUGAGUGCUAUACUUCGUCAUUCUGCUCAGAAUCAUUUGAUAAGAUCUCAAGCUUUAAAGAUAUCAUUAAGACAAUUAUCAAGAGGAUCAUUUGUUAAUAAGCAUAUUAUUUCACCUGGUUUAAAUCCAUUAGGUAAUGGACAAACUAGAUCGAUAGUAUCUAGCUCCACUGUUAGUUUAUUACAAUCUCAAGAACAAAUCGCCAACAAUGAUUUGAAUAAUACUACUGCUCAAGCUGAGUUUUAUAAAUCCUUAUUAGCCAAUAAUUAUCCUCAUAUUGUGGUGCAAAGAUUCGAAACUCCAGGUAUAGCAUCUUCUCCAGAAUGUACUUCUUUAUAUAUCGAUGCUUUAAAUAAAAUCGGUAAGAAGGGGAAAGCUGAACAAGUGGCUCGUUCUUUACAAUCACAACAAGUAAAUGGCAAUGUGGCUGGAUUACCUCAUGGAUUUGGAUCAAGAUAUGAACCAGUUCAUGUUAUCGUUAGUGAAUCAUUGUUGACUAUCCUUUCUAAAUGGUUAAAAUGGUUGAUUCCAGUAGCCUUAUUAACUUAUGGUGCUACUAAUGCAUUUAACUAUUUGGUUGAAAAUGGUACUAUUUUCAAGAAUUCAGAAGUUUCUGAUAAAUCAGUCGAUGUCACUCAAUCAACCGUUAGAUUUACUGAUGUUCAAGGUUGUGAUGAAGCAAGAGCUGAAUUAGAAGAAAUCGUUGAUUUCUUAAAAGAUCCAGCUAAAUUCACUGGUCUUGGAGGUAAAUUACCAAAAGGGGUACUUUUAACUGGUCCACCUGGUACUGGUAAAACCUUAUUAGCCAGAGCUACUGCUGGUGAAGCUGGUGUUCCAUUCUUUUUCAUGUCAGGAUCUGAAUUUGAUGAAUUAUACGUUGGGGUAGGUGCCAAAAGAAUCAGAGAAUUAUUUACUCAAGCCCGUGAAAAAUCUCCAGCUAUUAUCUUUAUUGAUGAAUUAGAUGCUAUUGGUGGUAAAAGAAAUCCAAAGGAUCAAGCUUAUGCUAAACAAACUUUGAAUCAAUUAUUAGUUGAACUUGAUGGGUUUUCUCAAACUCUGGGUAUCAUUAUCAUUGGUGCUACUAAUUUCCCAGAAUCCUUGGAUAAAGCCUUAACUAGACCUGGUAGAUUUGAUAAAGAAGUCAUUGUUGAUUUACCGGAUGUAAGAGGUAGAAUUGAUAUUUUAAAACAUCAUAUGAAGAAUGUUGAAACUGCCGAAGAUGUUGAUCCUUCUAUUAUCGCAAGAGGUACCCCUGGUUUAAGUGGGGCUGAAUUAAUGAAUUUGGUUAAUCAAGCUGCCGUUCAUGCUUCUCAAUUAUCUGCCCCAGCGGUUGAUAUGAAUCAUUUCGAAUGGGCCAAAGAUAAAAUCUUGAUGGGUGCUGCUAAAAAGAAGAUGGUUAUCACUGAAGAAUCAAGAACUAAUACCGCUUAUCAUGAAGCAGGUCAUGCCAUUAUGGCCAUGUUUUCAAAAGGUGCUACACCAUUAUAUAAAGCAACUAUCUUACCAAGAGGUAGAGCUUUGGGUAUCACUUUCCAAUUACCGGAAAUGGAUAAAGUUGAUAUGAGUAAAAAAGAAUGUAUUGCUAGAUUGGAUGUAUGUAUGGGUGGUAAAAUUGCCGAAGAAAUGAUAAAUGGAAAGGAAAAUGUUACUAGUGGAUGCUCUAGUGAUUUAUCUAAUGCCACUGGUGUGGCUAGAGCCAUGGUAACUUCUUACGGUAUGAGUGAACUCAUUGGUCCUAUUAAAUUAUCUGAUAAUUGGGAACUGUGGUCACCAGAAUUAAGAAACAUGGCUGAUAAAGAAGUAAGAGAUUUCUUAAUAUCAAGUGAAAAUAGAACUAGACAAGUGUUAAAAGAUAAAAAAAUUGAAUUAAAAAGAUUGGCUGAAGGUUUAUUGGAAUAUGAAACUUUAACAAGAGAUGAAAUGGAAAAAAUUGUCAGAGGUGAAACCAUAAAUAAACAAAAAAUAAUAAGUAACACGGUUAUUAAAACUCCAAAGAGUAACACCGAAAGAACAGACUUUCCUAUACCGGUAGAAGCCUAA